AUGAAUUCCUUAUUAUUUUGGAAUUGUAGAGGAGCUAAGAAAAAAAAGGCUUCUCUCUACCUCAAGGAGGUGGUUAAAGAUCAAAAUGUUAUUUUUGUUGGGCUUUUGGAGACUAAACUAGUCACUAUUGAGAAUAAAGAUGUGGAAAAUAUGAUUGGAAAUGGGUGGAAUUACAGCUUUGUGCCUUCUGCUGGAUUAUCUGGAGGCAUCCUGGUUAUGUGGAGAAGCAGUCAAGCUAAAUUUAAUUUGAUUGAGUUUUCUUCUCAAUUCAUUUUAGGUGAUUUGGAGAUCAAGAACAAAGGAAAUUGGAGAGUAGCUACUAUUUUUGGUAGCAAAGAAGUGCACAAUAGAAGGUUGCUUUGGAAUGGCUUGGAAAAACACAUCACCAAUGAUUGGCCUUUGGUGUUUGGUGGAGAUUUCAAUUGUCUUUUGGCUAAAGAAGACAAGAUUGGUGGCAGAAAAUUUACAUUCUUUAUAGGACCGAGAAAAAUGAAAUACUUUAUGACAGCAAAUGAUCUUCAUGAGCUGAACUUUAUGGGUCCUAGAUUAACAUGGAGCCAUAAUAAGAAAGGUAAUGAGAGGAUCAUGGAAAGAUUAGACCGAAUUCUGGUCAAUGCUGCUGCAAUGAACUGCAAUCAAUAUAUGGUUACAAAACAUCUUCCUAGAAUAGCGUCAGAUCACUGUCCUAUUCUACUCCAUACUUGUUUUUCCUUCAAACAUCAAGAGAUCUAUCAAAUUCGAGGAUAUGUGGGCUUCAUAUCCGGCUUCAUAUGCUAUAGUGAAAAAUUCAUGGAUGAGAAGAGACCCAGGAUCUCCUGCAUAAAUUCUGAAUUAUAA